AUGAUCGAGGCCCUUUUGAAGAAGGGGGGCAACUUCGUCAUGGUGAAGGGCCAGUCGGGCUUCGCGUGCAAAGUCGGGGUGAAGAAGUUCCUCGAUGACAAAGGCCUCGGCUUGGACGAACGGGCUCCGGCGCUUCUCAAGAUGAUUUGGGAGGCGAAGCUGGAGCUCAAUUUCAUCGUGGUGGCCCGCUGCAGGGACCCCGAGUGGAACGAGGCGUUCGACAUCCCCGUCGCGGCGAGGGCACUGGAGCUGGAGGCCGCCCUCGAGGCGGUGUCCCCCGAGCUGGUGGGGGAGUCCCUGGACUGGCUGCUGCCGCCGGAGACACACUCUGGCUAUCGCGACGAGGAGGAGACCGUUCGCGCUACGUCUUCCAUGGCUUCGCUGACCAGUUGGAUGCCGAUGCCGACCAGGAGGCGCAGCCACGCCCAGGACGAGGACCUGCGGGUGCAGGAGAUCUCACCCACCGGCUGGACCAAGUCGCCAAAACUUUGUCGGCCUCACCGAGGGGCGCGAGCUGGGAGAUUCCCGGGACCGAAGCGCAGCGGCUGGCGCUUCCAGUAUUGGAAGUCGUUCGACCGCACCAGCUACAGCAGCUUCGGGCCACGCUCCCAGCACCCUGCACCCUUCGCUGAGACCAGAGGGCAGCAGAGCGAGGAGGAGUGGUCGCCAGAGAGGCAGCUCGUCGAGGUGGAGGAGCGCGAGAGCUCCGGGCUCCCCGGCUGCAGGCGCGCCCUCAGCGGCUCGUACGACGGCACGGUGAGGCUCUGGGACCUCGCCGACCGCAAGAGCCUGAAGACCAUGGCGCUGCACGGCGGAGCUCGGAUCUACGGCGACGCGAUGCUGUUCCGAGGGGAGGUGGCAUCGUGGCAGCACAGCCUGGACUCGAUCUCUUGCAACUCAGAGAAGUGGAGAGUUGGAAGACACGGCUGCAUCCUGAACUCGUUCAACCUGGAACUCGUCCUGGGCGUCUUCCCCUACCCGCAUCCAUUGAGCGUUUUUCCUUAUUUGGACCCACAUCCAUUGUGGCAUGCAGCUGGUGAUAUGGAGUACGCGGUCUCGAACUUCAAAUGA